GCAACUUUAUCUGAUAUAUUUUAGCACUUCCCAGCACUAACCUCCAGCUGUCGAAAUAAAGUUUUCCUUUAAAUUUCACAACAGAUUCGAAGAUUUGAAAAAAAUGGAAAACUGGGUGCGGGACACGCUCUCAAAAUGCCUGGACUGUGUGGUCACUGAUCAAAUGAUGUCAGCAAUCUUAAACAUCAAAGAUGACUACGACUUCGAUCAGUAUUUUGGAAACCUGCUCAGCGAGGACAAUGAGGAACACCGCAUGUUCCUGCUUAAUUGCCGGCGAAUGCUCCUCAGUGGAAAGCAACCAAGAAACAAUGGAAAAAGUCGCACACCCACAAAGCAGACUCCGCCGCCUCCCAACACCCAAGGUGCCAAAGGAAAGUCCGGAAAAUAUGUCAAUCUUUAUGCCAGCGAUGGUCGUGUCCAAGGGGAUACUAUUCUACUGAAGGGCCGGCGGCACUGCAACUGCCAGGCGGCCCAGCAUAAGCUUAUCAACAAUUGUCUCGGUUGUGGGCGCAUCGUUUGCGAGCAGGAGGGCAGUGGUCCUUGCCUAUUCUGCGGCGAGCCCGUUCGAACCCCGGAAGAGGAGCAGCAGCUGGCCAAGGCGGCACGCGAGAAGGGGGGUGCUAGUGGCAAACAGACUGGCAAGCAAGGGAAGAAACAAGCUAAGGAAUCGACCAAAGAACCGUCGAAAGAAUCGCUGGAAAAGGCUCUGGCCCAAAGGGAUCGGUUGCUGGAGUAUGAUCGGAACAGCGAGAAGCGAACCACGGUCAUUGACGAUGAGCUGGACUACUUCCAGGAAAACUCCGUUUGGCUGAGCGACGCGGAGCGUGAGAAGUUCGAGAAACUGAAAAGCGAGAUGCACGACAUGAAGCAUGGUAGUCGGAUGAAGCGCAAAAUCCGCGUGGACUUUGCCGGAAGAGAAAUGCCCGAAGAACUGCCCAUUUCCAAGGAAUACGAGCAACAGGUGAUUAGCGAACUGGCGGCUGUCACCAAGGCAUCUGGCAGUGCUAAUAACUGGAGUUCAUCCGGCCUCACAGGACACUCGGCCAUGUCCCUGGCACCCAAUCUGGACAUGGCCAAGCCGCCGGUUUUCAAGGCCAGCAAAGAGGCUAAAAGCUGGCCAGUACCAACCGCAGCCAGCGAUGGCCUGGAGAGGAUUUACAAUCGAGUGCAGGAUAAGGAGCUGCUUGAAAUGCAGGAUAUGCGGCAGUGCUUGUCGAUGCACCAGCCUUGGGCUUCCCUGCUUGUAGCGGGAAUAAAAAAACACGAGGGUCGUGUUUGGUACAGUGAACACCGUGGCAGGUUGUGGAUAGCUUCCACCGCCAAGGAACCACAUGCCGACGACAUAGCCCAAAUGGAAGAGUUCUACCGAGUGCUCUACAAUGAUCCCAAUAUAAAGUUUCCAAGUCACUAUCCCACAAGCAGCCUGCUGGGCUGUGUCCAAGUGGACAGCUGCCUGCCUCAGGAGGAAUACAGGGAUUUGUACCCCAACGGGGAGUCGGAUAGUCCAUAUGUUUUUGUCUGCACCAAGCCGGAGCAAUUGAAUUUACUUCUUCCCGUCCAAGGAGAGCACAAGAUUUAUGAACUGCCUCUGAAAACCCACAACGCGGCUUGCAAAACUCUUUUGAGAGCCCGGGCUAAAAAGGGUUAGGAACAUCUCACAACUCUCAAAACAUUCGUCUUCAUUUUAAAUGAUUAGCAAAUUCUACAAUAUAGUUUUUAUAAAAAUUCCUUUUUUCGAAACUGAAAUUUAAAACAAAACAAAUUAAAAGUACCUUGAAUCCAAGUUAUCUUAAUAGAAAAAUCCAUGGAAAUUGUCUAAAAAAAAUGCAAUUGUAAUGCAGUCUAAAAAUAGUAAUUGGAAAAAUGUCAAACAUUUUGAAAUCUGCCAAUAGUUAGUGGUUUUUUUGAAAUACAAUAAAUAGGAAACCGAAUCGUAA